ACACCUCUUCGCAUUGGCCACUCGGUCGCAAUAUAGAGAGGAUACAAACAGGUAGCGCCGUCUACUCUACUCAUACCGGCAAGGAGCACUUUCAAGUCAGUAGGUCGUAUCCGGUUUCGUCCGCCGCCAGUUCAGAACGCUCUUACCCGGUCCACUUACUGCGCUUCAGCGUAAGUAAGUUGUGCGAAAUAAGUCUCGUUUCGCAUCCUUCGCCAACGACCCCCCAACGUUCCUGUCCUGACCAAAGCAUCUUGACGGAUUGUGAAAAUUACAGAUCACCGUUCCACCCGACAAAAUGCACUUCCAAACCCUCUUCCUCGCAGCCCUAGCUGCCGUGCCAGCCCUCUUCGUCUCAGCCUACAUCGAACCCAACUACGAACUGCACAGCGAGGGGCUGGUGAGGCGCCACGAUUACCGUCAGGCGCUCAAGCAGCCGUAUUUUAUGUAUGACGAGGUCAAGGUGCCAUAUUUCAAGGAGAGCGGAAGUACAAUCCUAAGUCAUGACUACAUCCGCCUAACACCAUCUGUUCCCGAGUCGCACGGCUCGAUAUGGGCAGUGAAACCCAACCCACACCCCGAGUGGCAGGUCGAGUUUUCGUUCCACAUCUAUGGACGGGGUUAUAUGGGUGGCGAGGGCAUGGCGUUUUGGUACACGAAGCAGCCAAUGGAUAUCGGGCCAUUCUAUGGUGGGAAGGAUAAGUUUGAAGGACUCGGUAUCAUUUUCGACACAGCGGACCAGCACGAAAGCCGCUACACGCCUUACAUCUACGCCGUGUUAAACAAUGGCCACGAGGACCUGCUGCAACAGCGAAACUACGCCCAACAUGCACUUGCGGGGUGCUUCCGCGAUUAUAGGAAUACCCCGGCAGCGGUUUGGGCGCGGGUCACGUAUGCUAAUCAGACUGUUAGGGUCGACUUGGACUUGACGCAACACGGCCAAUCGUACCAUGAAUGCUUCACGACACCGGCGUCUGUCAAACUGCCUCCCAACUACUACUUUGGACUUUCCGCUCAAACCGAAGCGCAUCUCGCGGAUGACCACGACCUGCUGACUUUCGAGGUGUACGAGCUCAACCCGAAGCCCAUAAAGGAGCACCCUAAACGGCCAUAUGAGAAGGAGCACAUCAAAAAGGAAGGAGAAUAUCGGCUGGAUGCCGAUAUGAAGAAGAUGAUCGAGAAAGUGGAAAAGGAUGUCGAGACUGCGCGCCAUGAGCAAGAAGCUGCGCAAGAUCCGAAUGCACAGUUCCAGACACUUGACCCACACGCCGUCCAAAGAAUCGAAGGAAACCAAUUCCAUAUCAUCGAAGCACUGAACCAAAUUCAAACGAAACUGGGCGAACCGCUAACCCCGCACUCACAGCAGCCCGUGGCACACGAAGAGCAGAAGGAGCAUAAUCAGCAACAGCGCGCUGCUACGCAUGAUCUGGCGUGGAAGGUUGAUGAUUUGGGAAUUAAACUGGAUGAGCUGAUGAAGGAGGUGAAGCUGCUAGGCGUUGCGUACUCGCAUACGCAAAACAAAGUGGAAGAAGUGCACCAAAAUGUCAAACAGCAAGCAUCCCAAGGCCAUCAAGUACAACAGCAACAACCGCCAUCUUCACAGCAACAGCAGCAGCAGACAGGACAAUCGUACCUCGCUGCCGCGCCGCCAAAGCACCACCUAUCGAUCGUGGGGGCGUUAGGGUUCGCUGCGGGACUGAUCCUCAUGUGGAUCGUGAGUUUGAUCAAAAGGGCGGGAACGAAGGUCGAGAAAAAGUUCAUUUAGAGGUCCACCGGAAUCACGUGGGUGGAUUUGAGUCUGGAUCUGCAUCUGCAUCGCCUCUUUGGUUUUUGUAUCUUUGCACAUAUACAAUAUACCUCAUGAAUGGAUCCGAGUGUAUGGAUGGAUAACGGAGACGUGGGAAUUGGUUCGGAGCGAAGUCCUCCUUCGACACACGUAUCGACUUGUGUCGAGUGGUCAUGCUCAUGGACCAAGCGCUCGAAGAUGCU